AUGAAUCUUACCUUAUCCGCAACACGACCGCCGCUCUCCCUGCAACCGAUUCUCCCACUCCGGCCAGCUCUGUCCCCUCGGCUAAUUUUACCUGCACCGUCGAUCCUACCAGCAGACCCGAUGAUUUCCCCUGGGAGUUCUGAGCAGGUUAUGAGAGGUUUUAGCUGCCCCAAGGAUAGGAAGCAGUCAUAUCCUCGUUAUAGGCGCCUCACGCCUUCCAUCGGGUCUAAUACCAGCGUCAGCAGCGGCAGUCACUUGGCUGUGGGGCCAGGGCAGCCAAUCAGCGCUAGCCACGUGGCUGGUGCGGCAGGGGAGCCAAUUAGCGCCAGUCACGUGGCAGUGGCAGGAGCAGUGGCUGUGCUAGGGCAGGUGCAUGCGGCUUUGGGGGAGGAAGGUGGGGAGAAAGCAGGGGGAGAAGGGGGGUUGGUGGUGGAAGGAGGAGAGGAAGAGGGGGUGGUGGUGGGCGGGGGGAAAGCAGGAGGGGCGCAAGGGGGGUUGGUGGGGGAAGGGGGGAAGGAAGGAGCGGUGGGAGGGGGGUUGGUGGCGGAAAUGGGAGAGGAAGGAGGGGAGGAAAAGGGGUUGGUGGAACGAGGGGGUGAUGAAGGUGGGGUGGUGGUGCGAGGGGGGAAUGAAAGUGCCUCUGAGGUGGGCAGAGGUGCCAUCGAGGUGGGCAGAAGUAGCAUUGAGGUGGGCAGAAGUAGCAUUGAGGCGGGCAAAGGUGCAUCUUCUGACUGUCGACGAAACCGGAGGUUACUGAGGAACAGGGUGAAUGCGCAGCAAGCAAGGGAGCGAAAACGACGACGCAUGGAGUGCCUAAAGGAGGAGUGUGAGGCGAAGGAGAGGGAGAACGAGCAGCUGGAAGGAAGGAUAGCGGCAGUACAGCAGGAGAACGAUCAGCUAAGGGAUGCAGUUAUUGCUCUUCUGGAGGCAACCAGUGGCCUCGAUACAAGCAGAUUCAAUACGAGCAUGCUCAAUACAAGCACCAUCAACAUAGACACUUCUACUUCCAAUCCCCUCUCCCCUCACAAUCACUCCUCUUCCGCAGCAGCAGCAGCAGCAGCAGAAUCCCGAGUCAUGAGCGCCGAUCAACACUUCUAUCUGCUGCACACAAGCGAUUUUCCUCCUCCCCCGGUUCCUCCCGUGCUCCUGCCAUGCGCUUAG